GUGUCACGUGGAGACGACACUCGUGAGAUUUAGAAAACGCUUGGCGUGUUUUUUCAAAACUUGGGGCAAUCAGCAUUUCUCCAAAAAGGGCAGUGAAUUGAAAGAAAUACAAUGAAUACAAUUACAUUUGGGACCACCACAGAACCACUUCACAUUGCUACUGCUGGGAGAGACCAACCAGCAGAAGAAUUUGAUGAUAAGGGCAACAUUGAUCCAGAUAGACUUCUGCAGUGCCCCUUUGAUAAAAAUCACCAAAUCAGAGCCUGUCGUUUCCCUUACCACCUCAUCAAGUGCCGUAAGAAUCAUCCCAAACUGGCCAGUGAACUGAAAACCUGUCCUUAUAAUGCCCGCCAUCUGGUCCCAAAGCAUGAGCUGAACCACCACACGGAGACCUGUGAAGACCGGAUAACUGUAGACAUUAUGGAUGAAUCAGUUACAAAUGGAGAUGGUAAUAGUUGGCAGGUUCCAGUCAGCACCUGGGUGAACCCAAAUGUGACUGAGGACUGGGAUGCAGAUGCUGAGGAUCGAGCGGUUCAUUUUGUGUGGGGUGAAAACACUGGCGUGAAUGCCAGACAAGAGAUGAGGCCCACAAAUAAUCUUGGACCAACUUGCAGAAUCCCAAACACACUGCCCUGGCCGAGCUUCAAUCCCUAGGCUGCUGUAUCUGCUCUAUGCAUGCUACAAUAUUUCUUUAAAAAGGACAAUGUUUUAAAAUGAAAGCAUUUGUGUGUUGUGUUAUUUUAUAUUUUAGUAUUGAGUCAUCACUGAAGGGUUUGUUUUGUAAUUGCAUGCCUGACUGCACAAAACCAUUGUAGGUUGUUUAUGUAUGUUUUUUUUUUUUUAAUCUACUGGUGUUUUCUUAAGGUGUGGGACAUUUCUAGGUACAAGACGAAUCAUUUUUAUUUUAAAAUUGAAACGGGUCGCCAGUUUAUCUACAGCAAUACUGGGGCAGAAAGUGAGAGAGGGAGUCUAAUUGUGUGUACAUAUUGGACACAUUAUACUUGUGAUCUGGGGAAAGUGUUCCAAGUUCAAAUUUUUUGUUUUUGUUUGUCAGAUGGACUUUGUUCUACUGCAUGACCGCUAGAUAGCGCUGUUGUAUUAAAUUGGUAGCCUCUUUUUUGGAGAAAAAAAAAAUAAAACAAAAUUAGCUUUUCAGUGUGCUGUUGAAUAGCCCUGAACUCUUUCUUAUAUCAAAAAUGAUUUGUUUGAUUUGGCAGUUCCAGUCUUGUCUUAAAUUUCUCUUGGAUGACUGUGUCAAACAUUGAAACAGGGUCAAGUUGUUGAAUGUUUAAUAUUUUGGCACCUGCAAUUUCUAUUCCAGUCUCUAUGUGCAUUACGAUUAAUACAAACUGAAAGUCAUGUUAUUGCUGAAUUUCUAACUUUCUUUUGGUUAAAUUAAUCCUCACGUUCAGCUCAAAGAGGCAACUGCUGUUGUAAUUUUGGGUUUUACAAAAAUAAAUUGAAUUAUUAAAGCC